UGUCACUCUCCUGUUCAACUUUUCUUUAUCUCUUCACUCUUUUUUAUUUUAUUUCUUGCAUUUCGGUCUUAUUGUCCUUAUCCAUGCAUGUCAUUGAUGCUAUUGAACCGAUAAUCGUGUCCCUUUUGCAAACUUAACCUAUAGAUCUGGUGACUGUACCCUACGCAUGUCCGUCAAUAUGCUUCAGUUCUGCUAAAGAGGAACAUUCAAUCCAAUUGUGACCACUUCACCUCGCGUCGACGAUCAGAGCCGGUCUUUGCACACCUAGAUAUUUCGAACUCAAUCCUGUCGACGCGUGGGUGGCAGCAACAUGGUGGCAUUGCCGCCUUUUGAAACCGUACAAAGCGAGGAAACCCAACAUGUGCCCUCAGAGAAACGGAGGAGCGGGCCGCGCAAGGAGUGGGACGCCGUCGCUGCACGUAUUGCGGCAAGGACGGCAAAUGCACGCAACACCACAAAAGGUUGGGAUGGUGGCUAUGGCUCCAGAUCGGGCGAAAAGUCGAGCAGUCGCCGCCAGAACCCAGGUCUUUCCAUAGACACGAGCGUCGGAAAACGGCGUGCCUCGCCCAAGCAAUUGUUUCCGAAGGAAAUGCGACGACAGCAAGGGCCCGGCUAUCUGAAGCUAGGCGACGAUAACGCACAUCAACAUGUUGUAAUCACGGCAGACCAGAGUAAAUCGCUAGAGCAGCCAGCUUUUGAGCAGCAAAAGGUGACAGAGGCACAGCUGGUCAGCAAAUUCAGCCCCGAAACCCCAUCAAUCAUCAUCACUCCAGCCCUACAAGCUCGUUUGUCACCCGAUCAACGUGCUAGAGUAGCAUCUAGCGUUUAUUCGAGGUUGACCUCCGGGGCUACUCCACCAACGAACAAUGGAGACGUGCCGCCGCUCCCUCAUAAUUUACCUGAGUUGAUGAAGAAGAGCCAGCCACUGAUGGCGAACAAUUCAAUCACACACACGUACCCUGGAACCUCCAACGUCACUGAGAAACCCCCAAAUAUUAGAGAAUCGACAGGAACUGCCUUUGAAGAAGACUUCGACGAAAAGAAAAAUGGUCGAAUAAUGUCAAGUGGUACGCUCUUUGAAGAAGACCAGUCUGCUAGAUAUUCACAGCUCCAAACGGUCCAGACAACUCAAGAUUUUACCAUAGACUCGGCAAUUACUCCAACGCCGCAUCGGUCGAGAGGCUGGUGGGAUGUUAUUCGAACACCUUUCGAGAGGGCUAACUCGAAAUUUGUUCGGUCACCGACAGACGGGGAGAGAACGCCUGAAGUACCUGCGAUUCCCCCGUCAACACAUCACAUGCCUUCAACUCUAAGUGAUGGACUAGGUCUGAAGAUCAUGCCUAGAAAUACACAUAAUUCGCAAGCUUUGAGAAGAUUGGAAUCAAGAGACCAUUUGCAAGUGGAGUCUGCACCCCCAAUGCCCGGCAAGAGAGGAUCAAUUCUCAGCACGUUCAGUCCAAACGAACGUGAAGUUCCGUUUAUGCUGCAUGUGUCCCCGAUUGACAAAGAUGCAAAAAACCAGGGGCUGUGUUACACAGACCGAAAAGAGCCUCAAGACACCACCGUGAGAACCGAAAUCAACGACAAUUCAGCGUCAGAUUUCAAGACAACCCCAGAAUCGGUCAGAUCUGAGUUCUCGCCCAUUGGCCAAGUUGUCCAUGAAGGCCAGGUAGUAACUGCAAAGGGGGUAGUGCAAAAUCCUCUGCAAGGCUCAACGCAGUCCUCUAAUCAAUCCAAAUUCAUACAAAAACCGAAAUCAGUUCAUAACUCUCUGAGAGUCUCACUCAGGGCAGAGCUUGUGAAGGUUAGUUCUCCUGCUCCAGUGGCGACAAAAGUGCAGCAGGAAAAAAGCUGGCCCUCCACGGUUCAAGCUCCAUAUUUCGCCCCUCCACCCAAGCGUCCUUACGAAGAUGAAUUGGGGAUGCCGCGAGAAGUAUCCCAAUAUUUGGGUGCACCUUUUCCACCCACCAGAUUUUCUCAAUUUGAUAAGCCAAAGAAGUCGGAAAAAAAACUUUUUAAAAGACUGCUCAAAGGCAAAUCAAAGAAGCAGGAUAGCACGAUACGGAAGAAGAACAAGAAGCGACGAUGGUGCUGCAUCGGCUGUUGUCUGUUGAUCUUUUUGGUCAUCAUCCUUGGUACAGUACUAGGAGUUCUGCUUUCUCGCCGUAGACCGUCUAAACUCGAUCAAGCCAUCUGGUUCAACGUCACCAACUACCCGCCAAUACCCGGCGGCGUGCUUACCGUGGCUCGUCCAAAUCUUCGUACAAGCGUGUCUGGAUGUGUGAACCCGCAAACAAUGUGGAGUUGUGCCGUGCCGAAAGAGCAGCAAGACAGUAUUAAACCCAACGAUCCUGAUCAACCGAAUUUCGUCUUCGACAUUAGGUAUGACAACAGCUCGACAUCCAAUAGCAAAUCGCGCAGAUCUGGGUCGUAUAACCAAAACGUCAAGAAAUUCAAUUUCCUAUCAGCGCGAGACAACCCUGUGCUUCAGGCUUCACCUCAGCCUCCGGCACUGGAGGAGUAUAGUUUCCUUGGCAACACAACAGAUGGCGUUAGCGAACCUUUUGAGGGUGAGGCGACACCAUUCUACAUCUCGUUCAAGCCGCCGUCGGAAGCGAACUUCAAGAAAUUUAGACGUCAACUCGUUGAAAGAGACGUAGGUGCGUCUGCAUCUGCGACGACUGCAUCGCCGAGUUCUACAUCAAAUUCAAGUGCAACAAGCUUGGUAAAUUACUUUCCGAACUUAUCAACAGCGUUUCCAAAGCCGGAGGUCAACCCAGAUGGUACGGCACAAGCUGCUAACUUGUUGCCGUUCCCUUCCUUCCAGCCUUUGCGACUCUUCAAUCGUGGCAAAUCAGAUGAACACUACGGCUUUUACACAUAUUUUGAGCGUAGUAUUUUCCUCAGAUCGGUCUCGUUCCAGAACGUCAGCCAGGAAAUGAUUGGGGAGGUGCCUGCUGAUGUAAACGGCGGUUCCGCUGAAGACGCAGCAACGACACGGUGUUCAUGGACGGACACUCGCUUCAAGGUACAAAUCUUCACAAAUCUGGGUACGAGCGCACAGAUACUUCCACCUCCAAGUGGCAGUUCAGUACCUCAGCCAGGCUCGUUUACCUUCGUGAGACCGGGUAGCUUCCCAUACCCAAUUACAAUCACACUAGAUAGGCACGGCGGUGGCCUUACGACGAAGAUGGUUUACUGCUAUGGACUGAACGAUCAAGAGAUUCCAGAGAUUAACAGCAGGCAAUUCCAGAAGGAGGAUAGAGCAUUUAACGGGACUAUCGUUAAUCCCUCACAAGUUUUUACUCCUGUCGCGGUAUCAAUCGCUGAUGGAGGACCAGGCGGUAUCGAUGGAGGCACCGGAGGAUGCAAGUGUGAAUGGGCAAAUUGGCAGUCCAAGUAACGGCUGAGCAAUUUCAUGUCGAGUCACUGUACUGCAUUUUGCAUAGCGAUAGCAUACAUUACAUACAUGAUAGAGUCGACCCGCUUUAUUAAGUUGGCGACGUUAAUUCAAGCAAUGAAAUUGGAUCUAAAUCAGUUUAG